GUUGACAAACGCAGAGACAAACACACAAACAAAAACAAACAUAGUAAAGCAAAUAAUUGAAAUGAUCGUUAAGGAAAGGUGCAAAGUGAUGAGUUAAGUAUAGUGUAAUCGUUAUUUUACUAGACUAAUCGACAUCCGUGCAGCGAUGGUGGACUGCUACAUAAAGAAAAACACAAACGCCCCCCCCAGAGCACACAUACACACAAACGCAGACGCAGCCAUGCAAUACACAACAUACAUACUUUUAACGAUCAGCAAAAGGCCGAUGAAAAACGGGGACAUAAUCAAACCUUUUAGUCGUAGAAUUUUUGUACAGGAAGGAAAGAUGUUCCCUCACGGAACCAGGGCUUAACGAUCCACGAAGCCAUGAGUUCAGUUUCGAAACGCAACCUAGGAGCUAGCAAAUGUACGAUUGGCAUACGAGAGGAAGCACUUGGAAAAUGGAUGAAUCCCAUGCGUGAAAAUCACACCGGCAUUCCCAUUCAAAGGUGUCAAAGACUCCCAUCCUCUCAUGCGUGUGAGGCCGAACCGGAGGGGCACUCAACCGGGCACGAAACCAGCACCACAUCGAACGAUAAGUGUUCCUUAAAUUAGCAAACAUCAUUUCAUUAGUACUACAGUGGGCAGAGCGCGUCAUGCUUAGCCGAACAGGACACAAGGUCUUGGAAGUGACUGCUCCGAGGACACUCCGCUAUGAUUCCGUACACUUUCCCGCCAUCCCCCAAGCGUGCACGGGUUAUAUUUUACACCCAGUUGUUCCAGGGGACCAUUAGUCCCCAUGCCAGUUACGAAUACCAAAACUUAGCCAACCAUCACAUGCACACAUACACACUACAUUGACAUCACUUUUCAUAUCGCUCUCCGGGUUGGGCAAACGAAUUGCAAACAUGUUUCGCAAUCGGCAGGAGCAGUGAUGCGGUGAUGCGGUUAACGAUUUUCCCGCCACAGAUCACGAUCGAAACAGAUGCUAACCUUCACACAGAGUGUCUUAUUUUAUCGUAAACGUUAUUGUUUCUUCAACCGCUCCAGAGCGUCGGGAAUUGUGGAAUAAAUUGCGUAAAAAAGGUAGGGAAAUCCAGAAGUGAUGUUGGAACAGAAAGGGAAUUUGAAAGCUGACACGCUGACGUUACAUUAGUGCCGUAGGUAGCUCUAGUUUGUUUUACAUUCUGUUGCCGGAAACGCUUUGUUGUUAUUCUUACAGUCUUUCGGAAGCGAAUGAAGCGUGCUCACCUCCGAUGUUUUAC